UUAGUAACCGGUCGUGUAGUACAAUACAGAACUUCACUUUCUCUGGACGGGAAAAAUUAAUUUAUUUUAAACAAUGUUGUUACGUUUAAUUUUCAAAAACAAACAGUUCAUCAAAUCCAUUUCAACAAUUUCGAAAAAGGAAAACAUACAGAAAUCGUCCUUAAAUGAAGUUUUAACGGACUCAUUUGGAAGAAAACAUAAUUACCUUCGAAUUUCAUUGACUGAACGUUGUAAUCUUAGAUGCGAAUAUUGUAUGCCUCUCAAAGGCGUUCAGCUUUCAGAACAAUCAAAAAUAUUAACAAAUUAUGAAAUUAUACGGUUGAUUUCAUUAUUUGCUGAACAAGGAGUUAAUAAAAUUCGACUCACAGGAGGAGAACCUACAUUAAAAAAGGAUAUUAUUCAAAUUGUGGAAUCUAUUAGCGAUAUAAAGCAACUCAAAACGGUAGCAAUGACUACAAAUGGCUUAACAUUAACAAAAAUGUUGGUGGACCUUCAACGUGCCGGCUUAAAUGCACUAAAUAUUAGCUUAGACACGUUGCGACAAGAUACGUAUGGAAACAUCACGAAAAGAGAUGGACGAUUAUUGAAAAGAGUAUUGGCAGGCAUCGAUUUAGCAUUGCAAUUAGGAUUCAGUCCUGUUAAAGUGAACUGCGUACUAAUGAGAGGAGUAAAUUUCGAUGAACUAUGUGAUUUUAUCGAAAUGACUAGAGACAGGGCAAUCGAUUAUAGGUUUAUCGAGUUCAUGCCGUUCUCGAUGAACGACUGGAAAGAAAACCGAAUGGUACCUUACAAAGAAGCUGUCCAAGAGAUUAUGAAAUCGUAUUCAAACUUCGGACCAUGCGAUAACAAUCCAAAUUCAACUUCAAAGAUGUACCGAGUGCCAGGAUUUAUGGGUCGCGUUGGUUUUAUAUCGUCGAUGACGGACGACUACUGCGAUGGCUGUAACAGGCUCAGAUUAAUGGCUGAUGGAAAUCUAAAGACCUGCUUGUUUGAAAAUAAAGAAAUACAUUUGAGGGAUCCGCUCAGACAAGGAGCGUCUAACGAAGAACUAUUGAGUAUCAUAUCGAAUGCGGUGCAAAACAAGAAACGGAAACACGCAGCAAUGGUUAAACGGGCGGUUAGGCCGAGGGCGAUGGUCAAGGCGAAACGAGGAGCGAUACAGAAACGGUGCGGAAACAUUAGUAGUGAUGUAAUGACCGGCUGGCAUGAGUCCUCGGGCGACGACGGUGGCCGCGCCUCGCGUUUGACCCACGUAGAUGGCCGGACGGGCGACGCGCGCAUGGUAGACGUAUCGGGUAAACGGGCGACGCGGCGGACGGCCACGGCCGUGGCCCGGGUCCGUCUGGACGAGACGACGACCAGACUAAUCGCCGAGGACGCGUGCAAGAAGGGUGACGUGCUGUCCAUGGCCCGGCUGGCAGGCGUGUGCGCGGCCAAAAUGACGUGGCAGCUGAUACCACUGUGCCACCAGAUCCGGCUGGACGUGGUCACGGUGGACGCGCGGUUAGACGUGGGCCGUCGUGCGGUUCUCAUAACGGCCACGGCCGUCAGCACGGAUCGAACGGGCGUCGAAAUGGAAUGCAUGACGGCUUGCGCGGUGGCCGCGCUUACGGUGUACGACAUGUGCAAGGCCGUCAGCCGUGACAUAGUCGUCGAACAUAUCAAGCUCCAGUCCAAGACUGGCGGCAAAAAUGAUUACGCUCGCUGCCACGACGACGACGACCUAUAAUUUAUUGAGAAGGAUUAUGAAUUGUUUCAAACCUUUGAAAACUAUAAUAUUAUGAAAUAAAAAAUAAUUCACCCGAA